AUGGCACUGAGGUCAAUUCUUCUCGUUUCGUGGGGCGCAUUCGUCGCAGCCAAUACUUGUCCAUUGUCUGUGGAGAUAUCCAACGUUGAUGACCAUAAUGUCAAUGUUACGAUCACCAACCAAGCAGACAAAACAGUCACGUUCUUCAAAGGAAAUACUGUUCUAGAUACGCGACCUGUGAGAAAGUUGCUGGUUCAGGGUGAAGAUGAUAAAGAACUGGAUUUCAGUGGGGCUUACGUCGACUAUAAGCAAAGCAACCCUUCAUCCUCCAUGUUCCAGCGUCUCGGCUCCGGCCAGGCAGUUAGCACCAUUGUCAAUGCUGCCGUAUCUCACAAACUCGACGGCGUAUCCAACGCCAAGGUUACAGCACUUCAGCACUUGAAGUAUGUCAUGGGCGAGACCAUACCAUCUAAUCUCAAGGACAUGUCUUUCUGUCCAGGUGUCGUAUCCCAGAAGGUAGCCAUUGUUCCUAACCAGAUGAAAGCCGCAUCUGAACACUUCUCAAAAACUUCUCCCGCCGCGUCCAUUCAAAGACGAGACUUGGGAAUUGAAAAUUGUUCCGCCGACCAACAGACAGAUCUGCAGACCUCCGUGAAUGACGCCAUAGCCAUGGCAUCGGCAGCACAACAGGCGGAGGCAAACGAGGAUGACUACUGGAUCAAUUGGUUCAAGGAUGCUGGCCAAUCAUCAACGACCGAUUCAAUCUACGGCCAAGUAAUCAAUGCUCAAUCCACUGGCUUCACCAUAUCAUGUUCCGACACAUAUGGUGCUUGUGGAGAUAACGGAGAUAGUGCCUUAGCUGUCACUAUUACACCUGAUAAUGUUAUUAUCCCAUGCCCUAAUGGGGGAUAUUGGGAUUUGGGGGAAUUCGCAGGCGAUUGUGAGGCUAGUGAUUAUGAUAAGGCUGGGGCAAUUCUCCACGAGAUGACUCACCUGUUUGGAACAUCGGAUUAUGCCUAUGGGCACGAUGACUGCGAGGCUCUGAGCGCAGAUCAAGCUGCCAUGAAUGCGGACACCUACGAACUUUAUGCUGAAAGUGUUAGACUUGGAGGUUGUCAGUAA